AGCUGUGAUCCAGACAGCGAAUCACAUGAGCACAGAUCUGUUUACAAACUGAGCAGGAGAGAAGUCAUCGGCACCAUUACGUGGAGACAGAGCUGCUGGAAAAGACGACAGGAAACGCACUGGAAUCUCAUCACUUUGUCUGGAAAAUGCAUUUUUUUCUUUGUGUCUCAGCAGAGCAGAUGGUGUGAGAAAGACACAGCUUUGAAUGGGCUGCUUUCACCACGGCUGUUCUGCCACUGCUCUUCCUCCUCCUUUGUUACCGGGGAAAACGGUUAACUCUAACGUGAGGGUGAGAAUCUUGAGCAAGAAGACUAUAGAGGAAAGUGGCUGACGACAAUAGAGGAAGGGGUGAGCCUUGUAGACAAUGUGCAUUUUCUCUCUCACUGUUUUGUUAUCGUGACUCUACAGAGAGGUGCAAAAUGAAAAACGCAAAUGACAGCAACUUCACGUCAAGCGUGAUCCGUUGUUGACAUGAAACCACACUGCCAAUCUUUCGUAUUCUCUGCUGCAGUUUGGAUCACGAUGCUGGAAAAACAGAGCGCUUGGUUUUUAACCUCGCCUGUGGCUGCACAAAGCAUUUGAGAUAUCAAGAAGUAGGUGUUGAUAUCUGCCCGUGUUUACACAGGUCUCGACAAUGACUGACUUGGCUUUGUGAAUGUUUCAACACAAAGAAAACAAAAUCACUCUGCCUUCUUCCAUUUCCCAGUGAGGCGCUGGUGGGUGAUGGUAAUGUGUUAACCAGAGGCGUUGAAGAUUCAAACUCGUGCUCUUAUGGUAGGAGUUUUGGGAGUGUAAACUUGUAUUAUUGAGUGAGGGGAUCGUCCCCCUCCUUUGGCCUGGUUUCAACACUUCCUCUUUGGACACAACUUGCAGGAUCAUCUAGUAUAGUGGAGCAAUCUUGCACCUAUCCAAUGGUGUAACGCAUGCUUUUGUGACACAGACUAUAGACACACUCUGCAAAAUGACCGCAGACAUCACCGGUCGUCUUCCACUCAACGUCUAUCUCAUCAUUCUUGGGAUCGGCCUCUUCAUCUUCAUGUUGAGCAUGAUCUUCUGUUGCUACCUGUUCAGACUCAGACGACAGGGAACACAAGAACAAUAUGGAUAUAAUGAGGUUGUUCUAAAAGGCCCAGGGAAAAAGUUGAGUCUUCUCGGACAGACCUGUGCGGUUUGCCUGGAGGAAUUUCGAAGCCGAGAUGAACUAGGAGUUUGCCCGUGUUCUCAUGCCUUUCACAAGAAGUGUCUGGUGAAGUGGCUGGAAAUCCGCAGCGUCUGUCCCAUGUGCAACAAACCCAUCUGCAGGCUCCAGCCAGACCCGCCGCAGGGGGCCGAGGGGCCCCAGAACCCCCUGGAGGUGUGACAGAAGAGGGACAUCUUCUGAGAUAGACAGGCUCUCACACACCUAAAAUACAGUGUUAAAACACUACACUACUGAAGCAGGCGGUGGAAGAAGAGUCCCAAAUACAUUUCUCCUGCUGAUGGGGGGAGGGAGGGGAGGUGGGAUUUUUGCGGUGAAGCUGAACUCAUGAACUCGUGCUGUGUUCUUGGUCAUAAUGUAGCUUUCAGCAAAAUAGAUCGAUGCCUUGUGGACUCAGAUGAAGAAAUUCAGAUCAGGCACAAAAAGGGGGUUCUGAGUUGACCAAUCUGGGCAGUAUAGUCUCCAUCUGAGAUGCACUGUGGUCAGAAUCCAAAGUAAGGAACAGCUCAGAUACCCAGGUCUGGAGCUUGAGGUUCUGUGUGGUCAUCUGUGUUUACUCUUGCCAAUUUUUUGCCGUUUGACACUCAUUGUUUAAGAGUCCCGAAAGUGUUCUGGGUGGUAAAGGGAACUCAUAGUCAUGAGUACCUACAUACUCCAGAAGAAUCAAAUUAAAAUGAGAUUUGGCCUAAUUUAAGCUAUUUAAGGUGGAUGUUUUGUAUUAUAUGGCUCUCAAUAAAAUGUAUAGUUUCUGUGAUGGAA